AAUUUGGAUUAUUCUAUGGAUGAAGUCAAUUUGAGGAACUUCCUACUGAAUCAAUUGAAACCGAUAACACCAGUGGUGUCGCUCACAUUCGAAGGUAGUUCCUAUGCCAAAGUUACUGUACCAGAUUUAUAUUUUGCCAAGCAGGUGGUCUCCAAUUUACACCGUAAGAAAAUCGGACACAAACGAAUGUUGGUCUCCUAUACCAGGGAUUCAUCACUGACUGAAAUCAAUACACUGAGAUGUCAAGUAGCCGGUCUACUGAAGGAUGUGCCAUGCUACACCCUACCCAUGUACAAGUUCCGCGAACUAUUUCAAUCACGUUUCAAAACAUCUAUAAGCGUAUUGGACCUGUACAAAAUGCAAGAUAUUUGCAUUAUUAACUCAGACAACAACGAGGAAAAGUUUAUUACUCUGCAUCCCGAUUUGGUCAAUUCCUUGGAGAGCUCACCCCUAAUGGAGGGUUUGCAACACAGUGUUCCCUACUGUACAAUACACUUUAAGAGGGAGCAGCAUAAGGGAUGGGCCGAACAAGAAAUCGAACCAUUACCCAAUGUUUUCAUGACCAUCUCCGAGAUUCAACAAAUCAUUCAUCCACUUUUGAAAAAUCACACUGGAGAUAUACCCGUGGCCUCCUUGGUGCACUGCAUAGAAGGUCAAUUAAAAAUUCAAAUCACACCGAACGAUAACGGCGUGAAUUUGGAACAUUUGGUGUGUUGCGUCCAAGGCAUACAAAUCACGGUCAACAAUUUUGGCAUAAAAAUACUAGGGUGGCUUGAAUUGAAUAAAGACAACAACGGCCAGUCAUCAAACUCGAAUAGUGAACGAUCGAAUCUCUAUUCGAAGAAUUCUAUAUCGGACCCGUUGUAUCAGAUUUCUCGCGAAGUCAUCGAACUUGUUAAAAUGUCUCCCAAGGCCACAAUGAAAUUCAAUCGUUUCAUACCGGCCUACCACAAUCAUUUCGGCAAGCAAUGUCGAGUUGCCGAUUACGGUUACACCAAAUUGAUAGAACUUUUCGAGGCAUUAUCUUCGGUGGUGCAAAUUAUGGGAGAUGGAGAAAAUCGUCAAAUCACCCUGACCCAUCGAACACAAAUACGACGCUUCACAUCGGAUUUGCUAAGGGUUUUGAGGGCCCAUGGCAAUAAGUCGGUUUUACUGUCACAAUUGCCAAACAUUUUUGCCCAAACUCAAAAUCGAACAUUCGAUGUUACUGACUAUGGCGUCUGUGACAUUGUGGAUAUUUUAGAUGGUUUGGUCAAUUCAAAUAUUGUAGUUGUAUCCACGGUGCAGAAUGGUAAAGAUAUUUUAAUAUCCAUACCGAAGCGUAAACAAACAACAAACGAAUUGGAAAAGACCUGUAUUUUUGCUGGUGAAAUUGUGGAACUCUUCAGUAAUGCACCGCAGUAUACGAUCCUCUUUCAGAAAUUUGUUCGUUCAUAUCACUACCAUUUCGGCUACCAAUGUCGAUUGAGUGAUUAUGGGUUUCAAAAGCUUGCCGAUCUAAUGGAGGCUGUACAUGGAGUCGUGGAAAUGGAGCUAACCAACGAUGAGGAUAAGAAAAUUUAUCUGACAGCAAAGGUGGCUCGUAGAAUAUUUGCCGAGCAAUGUGAAGAACUUAUUGCGGCUACCACAGGCUCUGGAAAAACUUGCAUGAAAUGGGAGGACGUUGUAAAACUGCACAAGAAGAAAUAUGGUUAUCAAAUACAGGCUCAAACAUUGGGAGUCAAGGAUAUUAAACAGGCUUUAGACCUAUUGCCAUAUGUGGAGACAUUCGAAAAGGAAGACUCUACGUGGAUGAUAUGCCACAAAGGUGACAAUGUCUUUCGUACAUUAUGUUACAGGGCCAGUAAGUACUUAUUAUCGCAUGAAGCCGAAAUGUUUGAACAAAAAGAUUCCAAGGAACACGAAAUCUUUAAGAAUCUUCUAACAUUGAGUGAUUUCAUAAAGAAUUUCAACGAAAAGAACAAGGAAUCAAUAACUGAGACUACAGUCAAAGCCAUGAAACAUGCCAUUGAGAUUGUUAUCGAAAAUGAUAGUAAAUUUGUAAGAAUCUCUGGUUUGAUGCAUUUCCUCAUGAACAUAAUUCGUCUGCUGGAACAGCGUGCACCAAUGCUAUUGUUGGAAAUAAAAAAUGCUUUGGACAGUACGAUAAGCACCACCUUCGAAUUUGGCUAUCCCAAUUUAUAUUCGGUUAUUUCAACACAUUCGGAUAUAUUUUAUAUAAAUUUAGGUGUGACUCUGGAACGUUCUGAAGUCGGUCUCGUGGGUAACAAUGAAUUGCGUUUAACUUCAUACGCCAAUCACAAGCAUUUAUUUGGUUCGUUGAAAUUGCCUUUCAGCAAACAAAAGACUUUGCGUACAUCCACAAGGCCACCGUUAGGCGAAAACAACAUUCGCGGAAACACAGCUAACUCUAACCAAGAACCACCCGCUAAAACUCGAGCCAUGUCCUCGGACAGUAGUUAUAAUUCCUCAUCCAGCUAUCGCUCCCACAACUCGUCGUCAUAUUAUCAGCAAACAUCAAGGGUAUCAACAACAUCGGCCUCUUAUUGCCCAAAACCAUAUUCGACUGGAAGUAAUUCCUUUAACAACAUAAGCGGCAGUUCCUCCAUUUACUCAACUGCUUCGCAGAAUUCCCACAUAAUGAAUACUUCCGUUUCCAAUAUAUCCAGCAACAAGGAGAAUUCGUUCAACUCUUCAUUUAUGUUCAACAACUCAUUUAAUACAUCCUCCAAUACAUCUGGAUCGUACUGUGACCUUAAUGCAAGCAUGAAUAGUCUGGUCAAUCCAAUGGGUUGUCUACCACAACCACCGCCACCCUUGCACAUUGCAAAUUCUAUGCAUUUAAAUGCACCAGUACCCUCGGUGUAUCCUACUUCUAAGCUGUGGGAUCGUCGACAAGGAAAUAACUAUUACCAGCAGCAACAGCAGCCUCUUUUGAAUAACAGCAAUUUAAGUGGAACGGUUUUGACUCCACUGAUAAUGCCGCCACCACAGCCAACACAAAAUCUAACAAUGCCAAAUCAAAAUGCUAUCGGCCCAGUAACGGCAGAAGCCUCAGCAGGUCUAUAUGAGCUGGUAAACAAUAUACAAAUGUGUCCCAUUUUAUAUGAGCCGCCAAAACCAGAUACCCCUCCAUCAGAGAACAUGCCUUUUUGGAUUGAUCCUAUUUGGACAAAUAACAAUAGCAACGAAAAAACUAAAGAUGAUUUGCUCAAUAUACGUCUACCGGAACUUAAAGCUCUAAACGUUUUGCCUAUGUUAUUAUCGCCAUACAGCCUAUCGAAAACCGAAAACAUGAAACAAGUUUUCAACUUCGAUUCUCAUGAUAGAAAAAUUGCCUAAUUUAUUUACAUUUACUAUUUCAAACAUAAUUUAAUAUAAU